AACAGUACCUCUUGUCUCACCCUCACUUGUCCACCCCAGUCAUCCUCUACACAUCUCUGAAGACGUCUAUUUGCUCUCUACACAACACACUAGUGAUCAGCGAGUGUUCUCAUGCCAGAAGACACUGCUUCCUGGACAGCUGAUCAAGAGGCCCUUCUGAUUCAGACGCUGAAGAAGGCAAAGGACGAUGGCCUCCAGGCUGAGAGUGGUUGGAAGCCUGUCGUCUGGUCUUUAGCUGUUGAGGCCCUUGCUGGUACAGAGAGUGAGAGUGGCGGGGUUAGGAAGGAGGUGAAGCAUGUUAGGUCUCGGUUUCACAGACUCAAAAGUGCAUACCAGGAGGUGAAGAAGAUUAGGGAGUCAUCUGGCUUUGGUUGGGACCCAGUCCAGCAUUUGGCAACUGCUCCAGCAAAUGUAUGGGAGACGUAUUUUGUGUCACACAAAAAUGCUAAGCCAUGGCGCAAGAAGAGCUUUCCUCUUUAUGAGGAAAUGGCAGAGCUUGUAGAAGGGAUUGUAGCUGAUGGAAGGGGUGCAUUCCGGCCUAGCCAGAAUACACAGACUUCGGGCACGCCUAGUCUACAGGCUGCCAGCUCUAGUUCUCUCGCGAGCAACAAGACUUCUUCUGUCUCAGCUGUGCCAAAGAGUUUGGAAGAUAUCUCUGACUUUGAGUCAGACACUGGUGGAGACGACACUCAGUACACUGAGACUCUCCCUACGACUUCCAGUACUGCUUCUAAGCGUGCAGUAUCCUUAGAGCCAGAGGUUACAGCUAUAAAGAAGAGGCCUCGAACUUCAGGAGCCAAUGCAAUAAUAAGCCUCAGCGAGUCAAUCGAAACAGUAGCGGACGCAGUCACUUUUGCUUCUUCUACAAGGAAUGCAACAGCCCAGACACCUACCAAAACAACUUCCUGGAUUCCAGAGACAUCUCUGCAACGUAGGACAGCUGCUAUUCGAGCAAUUGAGGUGGAUGAGGAAUUGUCUGACAAUGAUAUGGUAGAUGUAGCAGAAAUGAUACGUGAGCACACUAGUAUUGCUGAUACUUAUCUUGCUUUGCAAAAUAAGGAUCACCGUACUACUUAUUUGCAGAAAUCCCUUGCUAGGUACAAAGGCAUGUAAAUUAGUUUUAUUUUGUAAUAUCUUGACUACUUUCCCUCUGAAUUCAAUAUGUCGAUCC